CCCGCCCCUGCGCCCAAGUCCCGCGGCGCGUCGGCCUCUAGAGCGCGGGCCGGAGCGGAGACCGGAGCGCCAUGCCCACCAACUUCACUGUGGUGCCGGUGGAGGCGAGGGCGGACGGCGGCCCGGACGAGGCGGCCGAGGGGGCCGAGGCGGCCGGGGGGGCCGAGGGCACCGAGGCGCCGGGCCCCCCCGAGGGCGAGCCCGACUGCCAGAGCCCGGGAGAUGGAAACCCGCGAGAGAACAGCCCGUUCAUCAACCACACGGAGGUGGAGCAGGAGAGCUUUGAAGGGAAGAACAUGGCGCUUUUUGAGGAGGAAAUGGACAGCAACCCCAUGGUGUCCUCACUGCUCAACAAGCUGGCGAACUACACCAACCUGAGCCAGGGUGUGGUGGAGCACGAAGAGCACGAGGACGACAGCAAGAGGCGUGAGGUCAAGAGCCCGCGCAUGGGAACCUUCAUUGGUGUCUACCUGCCCUGCCUCCAGAACAUCCUCGGGGUGAUCCUCUUCCUGCGGCUGACGUGGAUCGUGGGGGCGGCCGGCGUGCUGGAGUCCUUCCUCAUCGUGUUCAUGUGCUGCACCUGCACGAUGCUGACGGCCAUCUCCAUGAGUGCCAUUGCCACCAAUGGUGUGGUCCCAGCUGGUGGCUCGUACUACAUGAUAUCGCGGUCUCUGGGGCCUGAGUUCGGGGGCGCCGUUGGCCUCUGCUUCUACCUGGGCACGACAUUCGCCGGGGCCAUGUAUAUUCUGGGGACCAUUGAGAUUUUUUUGACCUACAUCUCCCCCAGUGCGGCCAUCAUCCAGGCAGACACGGCGGAAGGCGAGGCCGCGGCCAUGUUGCACAACAUGCGCGUGUACGGGACGUGCACGUUGGUGCUCAUGGCCAUGGUGGUCUUCGUGGGCGUCAAGUAUGUCAACAAGCUGGCCCUGGUGUUCCUGGCCUGUGUGGUGCUGUCCAUCCUUGCCAUCUAUGCCGGUGUUAUCAAGACCGCCUUCGACCCACCGGACAUCCCGGUCUGUCUGCUGGGAAAUCGCACCCUGUCCAGACGUGGCUUCGACGUCUGUGCCAAGUUCCUCGCUGCCGACAACAGCACGAUGCCCACCGCGCUCUGGGGCAUUUUCUGCAACAGCUCCAUGCCCAACGCCACCUGUGACGAGUACUUCGCCCAGAACAACGUCACGGAGAUCCAGGGCAUCCCCGGCGUGGCCAGCGGCGUCCUCCUGGAUAACCUGUGGAGCGCGUAUGCAGACAAGGGGGCGUUUGUGGAGAGGAAGAGCACGCCGUCGGUCCCUGUGCCAGAGGAGAGCAGGGCCAACGGCCUGCCCUACGUCCUCACGGACAUCAUGACCUACUUCACCAUGCUGGUCGGGAUCUACUUCCCCUCCGUGACCGGUAUCAUGGCGGGCUCGAACCGGUCCGGGGACCUCAGGGAUGCCCAGAAGUCAAUCCCCACAGGGACCAUUUUGGCCAUCGUGACGACGUCUUUCAUCUACCUGUCCUGCAUCGUGCUCUUCGGGGCCUGCAUCGAAGGCGUGAUCUUACGAGAUAAGUUUGGGGAGGCCCUGCAGGGGAAGCUGGUCAUCGGCAUGCUGGCCUGGCCGUCCCCCUGGGUCAUCGUCAUCGGCUCCUUUUUCUCGACCUGUGGUGCUGGCUUGCAGAGCCUCACAGGGGCACCACGCCUGCUGCAGGCCAUCGCCCGAGACGGCAUCAUCCCCUUCCUACAGGUGUUCGGCCAUGGGAAGGCCAACGGGGAGCCCACGUGGGCCCUGCUCCUCACGGCCCUCAUCUGUGAGACCGGCAUCCUGAUCGCCUCCCUGGACAACGUGGCCCCCAUCCUGUCCAUGUUUUUCCUCAUGUGCUACAUGUUCGUGAACCUGGCCUGUGCAGUGCAGACCCUGCUGCGCACGCCCAACUGGCGGCCACGUUUCCGAUACUACCACUGGGCGCUCUCCUUCCUGGGCAUGAGCCUGUGCCUGGCGCUCAUGUUCAUCUGCUCCUGGUACUAUGCUCUCUUCGCCAUGCUCAUCGCCGGCUGCAUCUACAAGUACAUCGAGUACCGCGGGGCUGAGAAGGAGUGGGGUGAUGGCAUCCGGGGUCUGUCGCUAAACGCAGCCCGCUAUGCCCUGCUGCGUGUGGAGCAUGGCCCCCCCCACACCAAGAACUGGAGGCCCCAGGUGCUGGUGAUGCUGAGCCUGGAUGAGGAGCAGCGUGUGAGACACCCCCGCCUGCUGUCCCUCACGACUCAGCUCAAGGCCGGCAAGGGCCUGACCAUCGUGGGCUCUGUGCUGGAGGGCACCUACCUGGACAAGCACGUGGAGGCCCAGCGGGCCGAGGAGAACAUCCGGUCUCUGAUGGGCGUGGAGAAGACCAAGGGCUUCUGUCAGCUGGUGGUCUCCUCCAGCCUGCGGGACGGCAUGUCCCACCUGAUCCAGUCGGCCGGCCUGGGGGGCAUGAAGCACAACACGGUGCUCAUGGCGUGGCCCGAGUCCUGGAAGCAGGAGGACAACACUUUCUCCUGGAAGAACUUUGUCGAAACCGUCCGAGACACCACGGCGGCCCAGCAGGCCCUGCUGGUGGCCAAAAACGUGGACCUGUUUCCACAAAACCAGGAGCGCUUCAGCGACGGGGACAUCGACGUGUGGUGGGUCGUGCAUGACGGGGGCCUCCUCAUGCUCCUGCCGUUCCUGCUACGGCAGCACAAGGUGUGGAGGAAGUGCCGGAUGCGCAUCUUCACGGUGGCCCAGGUGGACGACAACAGCAUCCAGAUGAAGAAGGACCUGCAGAUGUUCCUGUACCACCUGAGGAUCAGCGCCGAGGUGGAGGUGGUGGAGAUGGUUGAAAACGACAUCUCCGCAUUCACAUACGAGAAGACUCUGAUGAUGGAGCAGAGGUCCCAGAUGCUGAAGCAGAUGCAGCUGUCCAAGACGGAGCGGGAGAGGGAGGCUCAGCUAAUCCAUGACAGGAACACUGCGUCCCAUUCUGUGGUGGCCACCAGAACCCAGGCCCCGUCCACCCCAGACAAGGUGCAGAUGACCUGGACCAAGGAGAAGCUGAUCGCGGAGAAGUACAAGAACAAGGAGCCGGGCAUGUCUGGAUUCAAGGACCUCUUCAGCCUGAAGCCAGAAUGGGGAAAUCUGUAAGUCGUCUCAUUUUAUUUAGGAUGCUUCUUAGACCUGUUACCACGCAUGCUUGGCCCAUGCUGCUGUGUGAACCGUGUGUGCAUGUGUGCACGUGUGGACAGUCCUGUGUGUGUGUGCGUGCCCGCACGAGCUGCAGCCCCCCUCUGUCCAGACGGCUCAGGGCACACAGCUGAGCUUCCUCCUGGAGCAGCGCAAGGACUGGGCUGCAGGGAGGGCGGGUCCUGAGCCGCUGGAGCAGAGGGGGGCCGGCGCUCGGUAGCUCUUAGCUGCUCCGUCCGCAUCCCUGGAGGCUGAGCGUUUGGACAGAUCUGCUCCCUGGCCCUGGGUGCUGUUCACCCAGGAAGCUGCAGCCCGGAAGUGCAGAGGGGUGUGGACAGACCCUGUGCAUGCUCCAACACGGGGGGCAGCUGGACGGGCUGCUGUGCACCCCCUGCCCCCCCAGCGCCUGCGGGUGUGUCCCCCGCAGAGGGGUGGCCGGGCGGCGUCCACAGCAGAGCGCUGAGGCUGAGGGUUGGGCAUGGAGGGCGUGGAGCCUGUAGACAUGCGGGGAUCUGCGGGGAGGUCCCCAGGUAAAGUCAGUCAACAAAAACAAAAGCGGGAAGACAGGAAUAUGGUUUCUCCCCAAAAACGCUGAGAGCCAUGGGCCUGCUGACCCUGUCCCCGGGGCUCUGGGGGGGCUCCUGGUCAAGGGUUGGGCUGGGAGGUCAGCUUGUAGGGGGCAGGGGACUGAGCGACGGGUGGCUGGCUGUCCCCGGGGCGUUGGUGCGUGCAGGUGCUCAUCUGCUUGUGUUUGGUCCGUUGUCCGUGCUGUGUGGCCCCCAGGAGCCCAGGGACUGGAACCUCAGCUUCCCCCCCAUGCUGGCCACGUGCUCAUCGCUCACCUGCCCCUCCUCUGCCCCAGGCGGCCCACCACCCCCAGCCUCAGCAGAGGCUCUGCCCCACCAGAUUCAGUAUACGGAUGACCGGCUCCCUUACCCUGUGCAUUUACGGCCCGCUGUGGGGAGCAAAUGCAGGUUUCUGCUGGCUUCCUGGAAACACAAGGGCCAAACUGGCCAUCUCCGCGCCCCUGUGACCUCCACAAGGCAUGUCACCCUGGAGCCCAGGGCCCUUCCAGCCAGACCCAAACCCCUGAUUUUCAGAUUAUAUGUGUUUUCAGGCUUUCAGCCGUAAGGGAUCCUUCGAUACCACACAGACGCUCAUUUCUGGAGUGAGUCUUGUCCCCAAACACUGGUAAUUGUGGUCUAUCCAGGCAGCUAACUCAUGGUCUUGUAAUGGAAGAUCCCUGAUUGUGCCGUGGACAGGUGCCCAGUCUGUAAUUUUAUCAGGCGAAACUGGACAGAAAGAGGCCCGGCUCCCUGUUUUCCUCCUGGGAAUUGGUGGUUGUGAUGUGGUGUAUUUGGCUCAAGGGCUGAGCUGGUGACAGGGCGUGACCCAGACGCGGCCCCAGCGGGCCCUCCCCCCACCCUGUGCCCUGGCCUCUGUCUGCCCCUCCACCCCCAAGUCUGUGGCAGGGUGACCUGCUCUUGGCAGGGCUGCAGCCGACACAGCCGGGCUGCCCGCGGAUUCCAUCGCGCAGGCCACCCGAGAACUGGCAGAGUUGCCAGGUUUUCCAGCUCAGGGGUAUGGACGUCUUGGAGGCGGUUACCUCGCCCAGACUGCGUCUCCUGAGUUGCUUCCUGGGACACACUCAGCCCGUGGGGACCCAUGGGGGCCGUGGCCACCUGGCGCACGUGGGGUAGACGAGGAUGGGGCCGAGUGCAGGCGGGCGGGCAGGGGUCUGCCUGGGACUCUUGGAGGACCAUCGGUGCACAGUGGAGUGCGCAGAGCCGGUGGUUGCUGAGGACGAGGGGCAGGGCCUGGGUUGCUGAGCGUUGGAAGCGCUUGCCCAUCGGCCAUUCGCCAAGGGCAGCAGGCACGCUGCCCAGCCCGGGAUGGACCUUGAAGUCUCAUUCUCGACCAGAAUCUCCAGCCUGGGCGCCAGGCGCCUGGGCGUCUCCCUGCACAGCAUGUCUGGGCUCCCCUGCGCCCCCAGCCUGUCAGGACGAGUGAGAUGCCAUUGUGUGCUCACUUGAGCGUGGAGCAGGGCUGGGCCGUGACCCCGAGGCUCCCAGGUGGGGUGGGGUUAGGGCCUUUCAUGCUCAACAGUGCGCUGUUUGCAGCAGGGGACACUGCUCCUAGUUGGAGAAGCUCGGUUUGUAGAACGUUCGGAGACCAAAGCCUUCUUGUUGGUGGGUAAUGUCCCCGGUCGGUGCUCACCAGCCUCAAUGGAGUCUCCUCCCCCGUGGGGUCUUUGGGGGAGGUGACGCCAUUUGAAUCCUGAUGUUUUUCCCCGGGACUGAGAUGGGCUCACAGGGCUAGGGCCGGCCUGGCGCCCAGAGCUGUGGGCCGGAGCACCAAGUGGUCCUCCCCCCGCAGGAACCAGUCCAAUGUCAGGAGGAUGCACACGGCCGUGAAGCUCAACGGUGUCGUCCUCAGCAGGUCCCGGGGCGCGCAGCUUGUCCUGCUGAACAUGCCGGGGCCCCCCAGAAACCGGCAGGGGGAUGAGAA